AUGUCUCGUUCCCGUAACUCAUUCUUCAGUAGUUCUUCGGGCACAAAUGAUCAAAAAUAUCCUCUUCUAUCAAGAGAAUAUGAUCCGCAUAAUGAUGUCAAUUUGCAUGACCUCUCUUCUCCUUCAGCUUCACGAGCAACGCCUAGUCCACCACCGGAAUUUUAUAAGGAUAUCAGGUCGCCUACUAGCACAAAUGCAAGAAUGAUUUCACCCCGGCCGAUCUCUCAAUCAGGGUCUCCGAGUAAUAUGAAAGGGACUGGAAAGGCGAAGGGAAGGAGGAUACAAUUUGCCGCGCCUCCUCCGCCAAUUGUGGGAAGUGUUGUGGGCUUGGGGAGAGGUGGGAAGAUGGGAAUGAUUUUAGAUGGAAGUGGGAGUCCUAGCUUGAGGGGUAGUUUGGUGAGGGAGGGGAGAGGAGUAAUCGGAACUUUGAAGGGUGCGGGGAGUAGUGUGGGAGUCUCGGCGCAAAUCGAUACUUUGUUGGGAUUGGAAAGGAGGGAAAGCGCUCUACAGGCAGAAUUACAAAUGUUGUUGGAUGCGCAGGGUGAGGGGUUGUUGCAAGGCUUUGGGGGAGGAGGUGGUGAUAGAGAAGAGGGAAGCGGAAGUAGCACGCCUACGACGAGAUCAUUACAACGAGAUAAAGAAAGGGAGGGGGGUAGGAGUAAAGAUGGCGCAAAUAUGCGCACGAUUCCUUUGGUGGAUGUCAAAGGGGAGGAAAGCGACUUGUUAGGAGAAGAAGUUAAAAGGAGAGAGAUAUGCAUUGUGAAAGUGAAGGAUUGGAAGAUCAGGACUGAAGAGGUUAAAAGAGAAAUUGGCGAAUCUAUCGCAGCCGCAGCAGAUACACAAAUUGCAGGAUCAAUUUCAUUGGAUGGAGAAAGACCUCAGUCUGCGCAAGGCCAAUCCGAAGAAGAUCGCGAGAUAGCUGAACUUCAAACUGAGGAGAGGGCUGUCGAGAACGAAAUUCGAGAAACGGAAGAUAGGCUGUUACAAAUGAAGGCUCGGAAGAAUUGGUUGGCAGAACGAAUUAAGGAAAGGGUCAAUCAGAGGGAAUCUCGAUUAAGCAGUUAUCGUGGGGCGCUCAGGGAGGUAGAAGCCGAAGUCCAGGAAUUUUUGACUAGACCACCAGUCAUGGUAUCGAUUAGUAUGGAAAAUGAAGAAGGAUUUAUGGCCCUACCACCCAAGCGACGCACAUUAGAAAUGGCGGAAGAAUGGUGGAGCAAAGAAAUCCAAUCGUUACAAGCGAGGAAAGUCGAGGUAGAGAAGGAAAAAGAAGCACUGGAGGAAGGGGCCAAGUUUUGGGAAGAAUCUAUGGGAACAGUGAUGGAAUUUGAGGAUGAAUUGAGAAAGAAGAUGAACAGUGGAGAGGUGGGUGAUGUAGAGGGAUUGAAGGGUCAGAUUGUGAGGAUGAAGGAGGUAAUUAGGAAACUUGGGGAAACAGCUCAAGUAGCGGAUAGUAAGGGGUGGAAUCUAUUGGUUUGUGCCGUAGGGGCUGAAUUACAGGCCUUUAAACAAGGAGAGGAGAUUCUCAGGGAGGCGUUGAAAGCUAUGGGUGGGGAUAUCGAUGAUGACGAUGAUGAUAAUAUUAAUAUUAAUAAUGACGAUAAAAGCAAAUUCGACAAAGAUAAGGGUAAGAGGAAUAUCACAAACAUCAACACCAACACCAAUACAGAUACGAAAACCAGAACAUCAAGCGAUGAUACAUCGACCGAUGAUGGACUAAAAGAACUGGAAACGGAUCUCGCGAGACACGAACAAGAACAACGAGAACAACAACAGAAAAGUUUGCUCGUGUACAGCAAAGCAAGUUUUAGUGUUGAUGGGGCACAUAUGGACAUGGACAUGGACGAAAGUGAUGAGGAAAAACAUCUAAAGGAGUUAUUGGUGGAUCAUGCGGGGGAUACGGAUCUUGAGGAUCAUGAUGGGUUUUGA